AUGACAUGUACGUGUUUUGCAUGUGGAUCCCUGCUUCUAAAAAUAAAAAUAAUCAGUGUCUCCUUAUACAGGAUAAAAAGAAUGGAGUCAAAACCCUCAAGAAUUCCUCGAAGGAUAUCUAUUCAGGCCUCCAGUUCUUCACUCGGUUCUAGAACCUUGACUGGAAACAAUGUAGCUGAUGCAUAUGGUGCAAGAGGAUCUUCACGGAGAUUAGAAUCCGGAUACCAGGAAUCCAGUGUACUGAACAGUUCCAGCAGAGACUGGGGGAUCGGAGAGAGAGACGCCCACGAGACGCCCUGGAAGCUUACUACAUCCUCUCCAACUCGCUACUCAGGGACACUUGAGCAUCCACAUUCUGGAAGAUUUUUGGGAAGCAGAAGCAGAUUGUCUACAUCUUCUUCCUCUCAUUUUACAUCGGGUUGUUAUGGCGAGUCUGAGAGAACUCAGGGACCAUAUUCAAGACUGCAUAGCCAGCAGCGAGAUAGUGACUCGAAGAGACCUAAGCUGUCUUGUGCACCUACCUCUUCUGUGAGAAGUAAUGGCUUGACUGCCUUUUCAGAUUCCUCUUGGAGGUACAGUAGGAUUCCUAGAUCUUCAUCAGUGAUGCUUGGCCCCCUUGGAACGGAGCUGGUGAGAGAACGAAGAGAGUUAGAAAGAAGAACAGAUCUGUCUGUUAAUAACCUGGUGGAUCACAGCUACAGAAACAGUCACUUCCCAGCUUCACCAUAUCUUCCAGACAGGCCUGCCUCUUCAUAUGCAGAGGGAGCAAGACCAAAAGAGAACUCCUUAAGCACUUUGAGGCUGAAUGCGUCCGUGAGCCACCAGUUGCCUUCUGAUCAUCAGCCAUCCUUUUUCAGCGGAGACUCCAACACGAGUUCUUCAAGAUCCAGCUAUUUUUCAAGACAAAGGAGAAAUGAAUUGGAAUCUCCCCAGAGGAGCAUGCAGCCAGCAUUUUCUCUUACUGCCAUUAGGGAUGAAAAUCCUUCCACAAGUGGUUCCGAAAGGGUUCUGUCUUCGCAGAGGUCAUUGAACGAGCCUGCAGCUGACAGUGAAGGGAGGCGCACGACCAGACAGCUGCUGUCUCGUUUAGCGUCUAGUAUGUCAUCGACAUUCUUCUCUCGACGAUCUAGCCAAGACUCCUUGCACACAAGAUCAGUAGGCUCUGAAGGGUCAUCAGUGGUCCCAAGAGUUCAAGCUUCUGCUCUGUCAAGCAGUAAUGGAGCUGCAACUCCAGAAGUUCCAGGGCUUCAGACGUCUGAAGCUUCUCAGGGAUUUAGUUUUCUUAGACGAAGAUGGGGUUUAUCUGGAGUAUCACAGAAUCAUAACUCUGAUUCAGAUGGGGAAAGUUACAGACCAGACUCUGAAAGUAGGAGCUCAGGAUCCUGGUUAUCAUCAUCUUUGAGGAACAGAUGUACACCUCUCUUUUCCAGAAGAAGAAGAGAAGGAAGAGAUGAAUCCACAAGGAUCUCAACCUCUGAUACAUCUGCUAGAUCACAACAUGUCUUCAGAAGAAGAGAGUCAGGUGAGGAGACCUCUCUUGACACAUCAGAUAGCCCUCCUCGGGCUUCUGUUAGCAGACCACCACCAUCUGCAGUAUCUGGUAGUUCUAGAGCUACUGCCUCCCCACCAGAAUCAACCCACAGUAGGAGAAGUUCUGGAAUGCUGCCUGGUUCUCUCUUUCGCUUUGCAGUGCCUCCAGCAUUAGGAAGCAGUCUGUCUGACAAUCUUAUGAUAACUGUAGAUAUUAUUCCCUCUGGCUGGAAUCAGUCUGAUGGACAAGAGAGUGGCAAGUCUAAAAUACCUGCUUCAAGAGAUCCAGAAAGACUCCAGAAAAUUAAAGAGAGUCUGCUUUUAGAAGAUUCAGAAGAUGAAGAGGGUGACUUAUGCAGAAUCUGUCAGAUGGCCUCUGCAAGUUCAGACAACCUUUUAAUAGAGCCAUGCAAAUGCACUGGAAGUCUGAAGUAUGUUCACGAGGAGUGCAUGAAAAAAUGGCUGCAGUCCAAGAUUAAUUCAG